AAAGGGAGAGGGCAACUGAAAGGAGUUCUCUUAGUUGAUUUGUUCUAAGAGACACUAUAGGUCUAAAGAACUGAGGAAAAAUAAGUGAAUAGUCCUUAAUAUAUUGUUUUAUUUUCUAUUUUGAUGUGCAGCAUGUCUAUGAAAAGGAUUGUGUUCUUCUUGGUUGGUUUGACACAAUUAUGUGGGUCCCAGGUAUCAGGUUCUCGUGGGAAGAAAUUUGUCACGGCUUUCAUGCAAAACGAUCAGAAAAACCUCCCAAAUGAUCCCAGUGCUAAGCAUGAGCUUGUUAUUACUGGUUUUUCUCCUAAAACCAUGGUGAGAGUAACAAUAGGCAAAUCCAUGUACAGAAGAACUUUCCCUCUCAAGGAAGGACAGACAGUGACUAUUAAGCUUCCAAAUACCAUAGAGUUAGUGGGGACCGAUAGCUUUGAUGGGACGGUGCUCAUAGAAGCUGACAAGGACAUCUCCAUCUUGUCUCGCAGCCGUGACAGGACUUCUGUUGGUACUACAGUCCUGUACCCAGUCCAACAAUUGGGCACACUGUAUUAUGUGGUGACUCCAAUGGGAAACAAGGCAAAUACCUUCAAGGAAUUUGUGGUUAUAGCCGAUGAAACUCCCACUAGAAUCAAUAUUUCCCUAACAGGGACUGUGACUUACAAAGGCAAGGUUUAUCCUUCUGGAAGCAAGCUUGUUGCUGAUCUUGAGGCCUUCCAAGCAAUCCACUUCCAAAGCUCAGAUGAUUUGACUGGCACCAAAGUUGAAUCCAGCGAACCUGUGGCUGUUUUGACUGGACACAGCUGUGCUCAGAACAACAAAGCAUGCGACCAUGUUGUUGAACAGAUCUUGCCCAUUUCCAGUUGGGGUUCCUUCUUCAUUGUCCCUCAGAUGUCCUUUCAAAAUAGACAUGGCACUCUUUAUGUAGUAGCUGCCCAAAAGACUUCCAUCAAAUACCAGCAUGGAAAUAUAGAGAAGUCCCUGGACAUGGAGGCUGGGCAAGUUCUGAAGUUUGACCAGCAGUCUUCUGAACCAAUGCACAUUUUGGCCAACAAUGGAAUCCAGGUCCUUUUCUCCCCUACUGGUUCUGAAGAUCAAGACUAUGGGUCUUCUCUCAUAAACAUUCCAGCAGUUACAGGCUACUGCAUUUCCUAUAGCACAGGUGAAAUGAGUCAGUAUGAUAGAGUUGCUGUCAUCAUAGCCAAAACCUCAGAAUCCAGUGGGAUCACAGUCGAGAGGAAAGCCAUUGAAACCCUCCAGUGGAGGCCAAUCCCAGGAACAGACUAUUCUUGGGCUCAACACAGUUUCAACAAAACAGCAGGUGUGCUCUCCUUAGAACAUCCCAGCUCUCCUUUUGCCACCUUCAUCCUUGGAGUCUCACAAAAUGAAGGUUCUGGUUCAAUGGCUGUUUGCACCACUGGUGCACCAGUUGCGUCAUGCAGCUUGAUCCAGUGCAAGAAGGAGGAGACGUGUGAGAUUCAAGAGGAACGUCCAGUGUGUGUGGCAGGGUCUGAAUCUACUUGCUGGGCACAAGGAAAUCGCCACUAUCAUACUUUCGAUUCGAGGAACUAUGACUUCAGAGGCAGCUGUACCUACACUAUUGCCAAGACUUGCAGCCUGGAUGCGGCCGUGCCUUUCUUCAGCAUUAAGGCUAAGAAUGAAAACAAGGGGGAUGUCCGUUCGUCUAAUGUUGGUUCAGUGACUAUAACUGUCUAUAACAUCACCAUCUCUAUCAUCAGAAAUGAGAAUGGAUUUGUCAGGGUGGAGAACCAACUGUCCCACCUGCCCAUUUCCUUGAAUGAAGGGAAGCUCCGUCUCUACCAGAAUGGAGGCUCUGUCUUUAUUGAGACUGAAUUCUCCCUGAAGGUCUCCUAUGACUGGGAUGAUUUUCUUUUGAUCAAGAUCCCAAGGGGAUUUUCAGAGAGUGUGCGUGGCCUUUGUGGGAACUACAACAAUGACCCCGCAGAUGAUUUCACUACCCCCAGCGGAGCCUUGGCCUCCAAUCCCGUGGAGUUUGGGAGCAGCUGGAAGGUGGAGGACGAGGACAAAUUUUGCUGGGAUGACUGUCCAGGGGGUUGCAAAAGCUGCUCCUCUGCCCUGGCCAGAAAAUAUAAAACUGAGCCCUUCUGUGGCUGGAUCAGCAAAGGAGAGAACGGCCCAUUCAGCCAAUGCCAUUCUGUGAUCAGCCCUGAAACCUUUCUGGAAAACUGUGUCUACGAUGUAUGUUUGAGUGAUGGGUUGAAGGAAGUGCUGUGUAAAUCCCUGAAGAAUUAUGCAGAAACCUGCCAGAAAGAAGGAAUUGCUGUUUCUGACUGGAGAACACCCACUGGUUGUGCCUCCUUAGUCUGCCCUGCAAACAGCCAAUACAAGGCCUGUGGACCUGCAUGUCCCAUUACCUGCAACAAUGAAGCUCUUCCCAGCAGCUGUGCCUCCUUGCCUUGCAUUGAGACCUGCCAGUGCAACGAAGGCUUUGUGUGGGAUGCUGGGAAAUGCAUUCCCAAGGGUGACUGUGGCUGCCUCUUUGAGGGAAAGCUCUUCUCUCCAGGAGAGCAAUUCUGGGGAGAUGGCAGCUGCACAAGACGCUGCUCCUGUGACCCAGAGACCAAGCGUGUGAUCUGCCGGAAGACGGGCUGCAGGAGCGGAGAGCAGUGCAGGGUGGAGGGUGGCAUCCAGAAGUGCUCUCCCACCAGUUAUGCCACCUGCUCUGCUUCCAGGGGCACUCAUUAUAGUAGCUUUGAUGGUCAGAAGUUUGACUUCCAAGGCACUUGUGUGUAUCAGUUGACAGGGCUCUGUGAGAAGAGAGAAGAUUUGGUGGACUUCCAGGUCCGUGUCCAAAAUGACCAUCCAGUCAGCUCCUCUGCAGUCUUCCCCAAAGUGGUGGAGAUCAGGGUGGAAGGAACAGUGAUUGUGAUUAGUAGAGAACACCCCGGAAAAGUCAUGGUGAAUGGCUUGUUGACGCGUCUGCCUUACAGCAUCAGAAGCAAUGAGAUCCUCCUCUUCCGGAAAGGGAAGGAGGCAGUGGUCCAGACUGACUUCCACCUGACUGUCACCUUUGACUGGCAAAACCGGGUCACCGUGACAGUGCCCAGCAUUUAUGCCAAUGCCCUUUGUGGUCUCUGUGGGAACUUUAAUGGCAACAAACUGGAUGAGAUGACCAUGAAAGAUGGGAAAGUGGCUGCGAGUCCAUCCUCCUUUGGCCAGAGCUGGAAAGUGAAGGAUAUUCCAGGCUGCACUGAGAUGGACAAAGAAGAAUGUCCUGGGCUGUCAACCAUUGAGAGCCACCAACGACACCUUGGGACAGAAUGUGGGCUCAUCCUAGCCAAGAGCGGCCCCUUUCAAUGGUGUCACAGCACAAUUGAGCCUGAGGAAUACUUCCAGGAUUGUGUGUAUGAUUAUUGCUUCUCUGAAGGCCAAGAAGCUGUGAUUUGCCAAGCCAUCACCAACUACGCAGAAGCCUGUCAAGCAGCUGGGGCAAGCCUUGAGGCAUGGAGAACCAAAGCCUUCUGCAGUCUGCCUUGUGCUGCAAAUAGCCACUAUGAACUCUGUGCUCAGGACUGUGCCCAGACUACCUGUGGCAGCAUCUCUGUCCCUGUCCCUUGUUCAUCCAAAUGCCAAGAAGGCUGUGUGUGUGAUGAAGGCUUUGUGCAGAGUGGCGACCAGUGUGUCCCCAUGUCCCAAUGUGGCUGCCUCUAUGAGGAUCGCUAUUACUUGGCAGAAGACACGUUCUACCCAACAUGCCAGAAGCGUUGUGUAUGUCAACCUGGAGGGACUGUGAGGUGUGAUGCUGUUUCUUGUGGUCCUGAUGAAGAAUGCAGACUCCUUGAUGGUGUUCAGAAAUGUCACUCCAUUGGCAACGCUACCUGCUCAGUCUUUGGCAACCCUCACUAUGUUUCCUUUGAUGGACUAUACUUUCAUUUCCAAGGCACAUGUACAUACACCUUGGCUAAAAGUAAUACAGAAAAUGGGAAACUGCUUCAGUUCACUGUGAAUGUGGAGAAUGAGGUUUAUGGUGAUGGGAAGAGCUCAGAUACCAAGGCAAUCUCUCUUGUGGUUUAUGGUCUUACGAUGACAUUAGUGCAGAACAAACCAGGACAAGUGAAGGUGAAUGGUGUGUUCCAACCCCUUCCUGUGACCCUUUCUGUUUCCGGAGGACAGCUUAGAGCCUACCAGCAUGGCCUGAAAGUAUUGAUACAAACUGACUUUGACCUCAUUGUGGGUUAUGACUUGGUUUACCACAUGAUGGUCACUGUCCCAGGCAUAUACCGAGGUGAAAUGCAAGGCCUGUGUGGGAACUACAAUGGCGUGAAGGAUGAUGAGUUUCUACUCCCUGACGGCAGGGCAACCUCCGAUGUAGAUACAUUUGGGACGUCCUGGAAGGUUCUGAUUCCUGGGAGAGAAACAUCCUGUUCGGAUGGAUGUUCUGGGAGUAGCUGCCCGGUCUGCGAGGAGAGGAAGAAGGACACGUUCAAGCAGCGCAACUACUGUGGGAUCCUCAAUGCAUCCGAUGGGCCCUUCAGAGCUUGCCACAGCCAGGUGGACCCCAGUGUGUACUUCAACACCUGUGUUUAUGAUGUGUGUCUCGCCGAUGGCGACAACCCUGCCUUGUGCAAGAGCAUCCAGAGCUAUGUGUCUGCCUGCCAAGGGUCCGGAGCUUCCAUCCAGCCUUGGAGAACUCCAUCCUUUUGUCCUCUCAGCUGUCCAGCCAACAGUCACUAUGAGGUGUGUGCCAAUCUCUGCUCUGCCAGCUGUACCAAUAUUACUGAUGCCAGAGCUUGUCCAGAGACCUGUGCAGAGGGCUGCCAGUGUAACAAUGGCUACUUUUUUGAUGGCCUUGGCUGUGUUCCUGUGGAAAGUUGUGGUUGCUACAAAAAUGGACGCUACUACAAGCCCAAUGAGCAGGUUCUUCUGAACAGAUGCCAGGAGCGCUGCCGCUGUCUCCCGGGCCAGGAAGUGACCUGUGAGGCUCACAGCUGUGCCUCUGAUGAAACCUGUGAGAUCCAGAAUGGAGUCAUGGCUUGCAUUGAGAAGGGUGACCCAGUUUCUUCAUGCAGCUUGAUCAAAUGUGGGAAGGAGGAAACAUGUGAGAUUAUAGAGAGCCGUCCAGUAUGUGUGCCGAAAUCUGAAUCUACCUGCUGGGCACAAGGAUAUCACCAUUAUCACACGUUUGAUGGGAGGACCUUUGACUUCAUGGGCACUUGUACCUAUACUGUUGCCAAGACCUGCAGCUUGGAUGCAACUCUUCCUCCUUUCAAGAUUGAGGCCAAGAAUGAAAAUAGAGGCAAUCCUCGUGUUUCUUAUGUUGGUUAUGUGACCAUCACAGUCUACGACAUCAGCAUCUCUGUCUCCAGAAAUGAGAUUGGAUUUGUGAGGGUGGAGAACCAACUGUCCCAUCUGCCCAUUUCCUUGAAUGAAGGGAAGCUCCGUCUCUACCAGAAUGGAGGCUCCGUCUUUAUUGAGACAGAUUUCUCCCUGAAGGUCUCCUAUGACUGGGAUGACUUUUUGCUGAUCAAGAUCCCCAGGUGGUUUUCGGAGAGUGUGUGCGGCCUUUGUGGGAACUACAACAAUGACCCCGCAGAUGAUUUCACCACCCCCAGCGGAGCCUUGGCCUCCAGUCCCGUGGAGUUUGGGAGCAGCUGGAAGGUGGAGGACGAGGACAGAUUCUGCUGGGAUGACUGUCCAGGCGGUUGCAAAAGCUGCUCCUCUGCCCUGGCCAGAAAAUAUAAAACUGAGCCCUUCUGUGGCUGGAUCAGCAAAGGAGAGAAUGGCCCAUUCAGCCAAUGCCAUUCUGUGAUCAGCCCUGAAAUCUUUCUGGAAAACUGUGUCAAUGAUGUAUGUUUGAGUAAUGGACUGAAAGAAGUACUGUGUAAAUCCCUGAAGAACUAUGCAGAAACCUGCCAGAAAGAAGGAAUUGCUGUUUCUGACUGGAGAACACCCACUGGUUGUGCCUCCUUAGUCUGCCCUGCAAACAGCCAAUACAAGGCCUGUGGACCUGCCUGUCCCAUUACCUGCAACAAUGAAGCUCUUCCCAGCAGCUGUGCCUCCUUGCCUUGCAUUGAGACCUGCCAGUGCAACGAAGGCUUUGUGUGGGAUGCUGGGAAAUGCAUUCCCAAGGGUGACUGUGGCUGCCUCUUUGAGGGAAAGCUCUUCUCUCCAGGAGAGCAAUUCUGGGGAGAUGGCAGCUGCACAAGACGCUGCUCCUGUGACCCAGAGACCAAGCGUGUGAUCUGCCGGAAGACAGGCUGCAGGAGCGGAGAGCAGUGCAGGGUGGAGGGUGGCAUCCAGAAGUGCUCUCCCACCAGUUAUGCCACCUGCUCUGCUUCCAGGGGCACUCAUUAUAGUAGCUUUGAUGGUCAGAAGUUUGACUUCCAGGGCACUUGUGUGUAUCAGUUGACAGGGCUCUGUGAGAAGAGAGAAGAUUUGGUGGACUUCCAGGUCCGUGUCCAAAAUGACCAUCCAGUCAGCUCCUCUGCAGUCUUCCCCAAAGUGGUGGAGAUCAGGGUGGAAGGAACAGUGAUUGUGAUUAGUAGAGAACACCCCGGAAAAGUCAUGGUGAAUGGCUUGUUGACACGUCUGCCUUACAGCAUCAGAAGCAAUGAGAUCCUCCUCUACCGGAAAGGGAAGGAGGCAGUGGUCCAGACCGACUUCCACCUGACUGUCACCUUCGACUGGCAAAACCGGGUCACCGUGACAGUGCCCAGCAUUUAUGCCAAUGCCCUUUGUGGUCUCUGUGGGAACUUUAAUGGCAACAAACUGGAUGAGAUGACCAUGAAAGAUGGGAAAGUGGCUGCGAGUCCAUCCUCCUUUGGCCAGAGCUGGAAAAUGCAGGAGAUUCCAGGCUGCGCUGAGAUGGACAAAGAAGAAUGUCCUGGGCUGUCAGCCAUUGAGAGCCACCAACGACACCUUGGGACGCAAUGUGGGCUCAUCCUAGCCGAGAGGGGCCCCUUUCAAUGGUGUCACAGCACAAUUGAGCCUGAGGAAUACUUCCAGGAUUGUGUGUAUGAUUAUUGCUUCUCUGAAGGCCAAGAAGCUGUGAUUUGCCAAGCCAUCACCAACUACGCAGAAGCCUGUCAGGCAGCUGGGGCAAGCCUUGAGGCAUGGAGAACCAAAGCCUUCUGCAGUCUGCCUUGUGCUGCAAAUAGCCACUAUGAACUCUGUGCUCAGGAUUGCACUCAGACUACCUGUGGCAGCGUCUCUGUCCCUGUCCCUUGUUCAUCCAAAUGCCAAGAAGGCUGUGUGUGUGAUGAAGGCUUUGUGCAGAGUGGCGACCAGUGUGUCCCCAUGUCCCAAUGUGGCUGCCUCUAUGAGGAUCGCUAUUACUUGGCAGAAGACACGUUCUACCCAACAUGCCAGAAGCGUUGUGUAUGCCAGCCUGGAGGGACUGUGAAGUGUGAUGCUGUUUCCUGUGGUCCUGAUGAAGAAUGUAGACUCCUUGAUGGUGUUCAGAAAUGUCACUCCAUUGGCAACGCUACCUGCUCAGUUUUUGGCAACCCUCACUAUGUUUCCUUUGAUGGACUAUACUUUCAUUUCCAAGGCACAUGUACAUACACCUUGGCUAAAAGUAAUACAGAAAAUGGGAAACUGCCUCAGUUCACUGUGAAUGUGGAGAAUGAGGUUUAUGGUGAUGGGAAGAGCUCAGAUACCAAGGCAAUCUCUCUUGUAGUUUAUGGCCUUACGGUGACAUUAGUGCACAACAAACCAGGACAAGUGAAGGUGAAUGGUGUGUUCCAACCCCUUCCUGUGACCCUUUCUGUUUUCGGAGGACAGCUUAGAGCCUACCAGCAUGGCCUGAAAGUAUUGAUACAAACUGACUUUGACCUCAUUGUGGGUUAUGACUUGGUUUACCACAUGAUGGUCACUGUCCCAGGCAUAUACCGAGGUGAAACGAAAGGCCUGUGUGGGAACUACAAUGGAGUGAAGGAUGAUGAGUUUCUACUCCCUGACGGCAGGGCAACCUCCGAUGUAGAUACAUUUGGGACGUCCUGGAAGGUUCUGAUUCCUGGGAGAGAGACAUCCUGUUCGGAUGGAUGUUCUGGGAGUAGCUGCCUGGUCUGCGAAGAGAGGAAGAAGGACACGUUCAAGCAGCGCAACUACUGUGGGAUCCUCAAUGCAUCUGAUGGGCCCUUCAGAGCUUGCCACAGCCAGGUGGACCCCAGUGUGUAUUUCAACACCUGUGUUUAUGAUGUGUGUCUCGCCGAUGGGGACAGCUCUGCCUUGUGCAAGAGCAUCCAGAGCUAUGUGUCUGCCUGCCAAGGGUCCGGAGCUUCCAUCCAGCCUUGGAGAACUCCAUCCUUUUGUCCUCUCAGCUGUCCAGCCAACAGUCACUAUGUGGUGUGUGCCAAUCUCUGCUCCGCCAGCUGUACCAAUAUUACUGAUGCCAGAGCAUGUCCAGAGACCUGUGCCGAGGGCUGCCAGUGUAACAAUGGAUAUUUUUUUGAUGGCCUUGGCUGUGUUCCUGUGGAAAGUUGUGGUUGUUACAAGAAUGGACGCUACUACAAGCCCAAUGAGCAGGUUCUUCUGAACAGAUGCCAGGAGCGCUGCCGCUGUCUCCCGGGCCAGGAAGUGACCUGUGAGGCUCACAGCUGUGCCACUGAUGAAACCUGUGAGAUCCAGAAUGGAGUCAUGGCUUGCAUUGAGAAGGGUGACCCAGUUUCUUCAUGCAGCUUGAUCAAAUGUGGGAAGGAGGAAAAAUGUGAGAUUAUAGAGAGCCGUCCAGUAUGUGUGCCGAAAUCUGAAUCUACCUGCUGGGCACAAGGAUAUCACCAUUAUCACACGUUUGAUGGAAAGACCUUUGACUUCAUGGGCACUUGUACCUAUACUGUUGCCAAGACCUGCAGCUUGGAUGCAACUCUUCCUCCUUUCAAGAUUGAGGCCAAGAAUGAAAAUAGAGGCAAUCCUCGUGUUUCUUAUGUUGGUUAUGUGACCAUCACAGUCUACGACAUCAGCAUCUCUGUCUCCAGAAAUGAGAUUGGAUUUGUGAGGGUGGAGAACCAACCGUCCCAUCUGCCCAUUUCCUUGAAUGAAGGAAAGCUCCGUCUCUACCAGAAUGAAGGCUCUGUCUUUAUUGAGACUGAAUUCUCCCUGAAGGUCUCCUAUGACUGGGAUGACAUCUUGCUGAUCAAGAUCCCCAGGAGGUUUUCGGAGAGUGUGUGUGGCCUUUGUGGGAACUACAACAAUGACCCCACAGAUGAUUUCACCACCCCCAGCGGAGCCUUGGCCUCCAGUCCCGUGGAGUUUGGGAGCAGCUGGAAGGUGGAGGACGAGGAGAGAUUCUGCUGGGAUGACUGUCCAGGGGGUUGCAAAAGCUGCUCCUCUGCCCUGGCCAGAAAAUAUAAAACUGAGCCUUUCUGUGGCUGGAUCAGCAAAGGAGAGAACGGCCCAUUCAGCCAAUGCCAUUCUGUGAUCAGCCCUGAAAUCUUUCUGGAAAACUGUGUCUAUGAUGUAUGUUUGAGUGACGGGUUAAAGGAAGUGCUGUGUAAAUCCCUGAAGAAUUAUGCAGAAACCUGCCAGGAAGAAGGAAUUGUUGUUUCUGACUGGAGAACACCCACUGGUUGUGCCUCCUUAGUCUGCCCUGCAAACAGCCAAUACAAGGCCUGUGGACCUGCCUGUCCCAUUACCUGCAACAAUGAAGCUCUUCCCAGCAGCUGUGCCUCCUUGCCUUGCAUUGAGACCUGCCAGUGCAACGAAGGCUUUGUGUGGGAUGCUGGGAAAUGCAUUCCCAAGGGUGACUGUGGCUGCCUCUUUGAGGGAAAGCUCUUCUCUCCAGGAGAGCAAUUCUGGGGAGAUGGCAGCUGCACAAGACGCUGCUCCUGUGACCCAGAGACCAAGCGUGUGAUCUGCCGGAAGACGGGCUGCAGGAGCGGAGAGCAGUGCAGGGUGGAGGGUGGCAUCCAGAAGUGCUAUCCCACCAGUUAUGCCACCUGCUCUGCUUCCAGGGGCACUCAUUAUAGUAGCUUUGAUGGUCAGAAGUUUGACUUCCAAGGCACUUGUGUGUAUCAGUUGACAGGGCUCUGUGAGAAGAGAGAAGAUUUGGUGGACUUCCAGGUCCGUGUCCAAAAUGACCAUCCAAUCAGCUCCUCUGCAGUCUUCCCCAAAGUGGUGGAGAUCAGGGUGGAAGGAACAGUGAUUGUGAUUAGUAGAGAACACCCUGGAAAAGUCAUGGUGAAUGGCUUUUUAACCAACCUGCCUUACCAAACUCGGAACAAGAAGAUCCUCCUCUAUAGAAGAGGACAAGAGACAGUGGUCCAGACUGACUUCCACCUGACUGUCACCUUCGACAGGCAAAACUGGGUCACCGUAACUCUGCCUAGUACUUAUACUGGUGCCCUUUGUGGUCUCUGUGGGAACUUCAAUGACAACAAACUGGAUGAGAUGACCAUGCCGGAUGGGAAAGUGUCUCUGAGUCCAUCUAUCUUUGGUCAGAGUUGGAUAGUUCAGGGGACACCAGGCUGCACAGAGGUGGUGAAAGAAGAAUGCCCUGGUCUGUCAUCCCUUAGGAGCCGUCAGCGGCGUCUUGGAAAGGACUGUGGACUCAUCCUAUCCAAGAGAGGCCCCUUCCAAGCGUGUCAUGCCAGAAUUAAUCCAGACGGAUACUUUGAAGAUUGUGUGUAUGAUUCCUGCAUCUUCAAAGGCCAGCAAGCUGUUAUCUGCCAGGCCAUCAGGAACUAUGCAGCAGCCUGUCAGACAGCUGGAGCAACCCUUGGAGCUUGGAGAUCUGAUACCUUCUGCAGUCUGCCUUGUGCUGCAAAUAGCCACUAUGAACUCUGUGCUCAGGAUUGCACUCAGACUACCUGUGGCAGCAUCUAUGUCCCUGUCCCUUGUUCAUCCAAAUGCCAAGAAGGCUGUGUGUGUGAUGAGGGCUUUGUGCAGAGUGGCGACCAGUGUGUCCCCAUGUCCCAAUGUGGCUGCCUCUAUGAGGAUCGCUAUUACUUGGCAGAAGACACGUUCUACCCGACAUGCCAGAAGCGUUGCAUAUGCCAGCCUGGAGGGACUGUGAAGUGUGAACCUGUCUCUUGUGGUCCUGAUGAAGAAUGCAGACUCCUUGAUGGUGUUCAGAAAUGUCACUCAAUUGGCAGCGCUACCUGCUCAGUUUUUGGCAAGCCUCACUAUGUUUCCUUUGAUGGGCUGUACUUUAAUUUCCAAGGCACAUGUAUGUACACCUUGGCUACAAGUAGCACAGAAAAUGAGAGACUGAUUCCAUUCACAGUCAGUGUGGACAAUGAUGUCUAUGGUGAUGGGAAGAGCUCAGAUACCAAGGCAAUCUCUCUCAUGGUGUAUGGUCUUACAGUGACAUUAAUACAGAACAAACCAGGACAAGUGAAGGUGGAUGAAGUCCUCCAACCACUUCCUGUGACCCUUUCUGAAGGAAGGCUAAAUGUCUAUCAGCAUGGUAUUAAAGUAUUGAUAGAAACUGACUUUGGCCUCAUGGUGGGAUACGACUUAGUCUACCACAUGGCAGUCACCAUCCCAGGCACCUACCGAGGCCAGGUGCAAGGCCUUUGCGGGAACUACAACGGGCUCAAGGAUGACGAAUUCCUCCUCCCCAGUGGAAUUGUGAUCUCUAAUGCAACUGCAUUUGGGUCUGCUUGGAAGGUUCUUAUUCCCAAGGCAGAAAGCUCCUGCUCACAUGGAUGUUCUGGGAGUAGCUGCCCAGUCUGUGAUGAAAGGAAGAAAGAUGUUUUCAAGCAGCGCAAUUACUGUGGGAUCUUCACUGCACUUGAUGGCCCCUUCAAAGCUUGCCACAGCAAGGUGGACCCCAGCGUGUAUUUCAAUAAUUGCAUCUAUGAUUUGUGCCUGAGCAAUGGGGACAGUCAAGUUUUGUGCCAAAACAUCCAAAGUUAUAUGUCUGCCUGCCAAGAAGCCAAGGUCUCUGUUGUGCCUUGGAGAAGUCCAUCCUUUUGUCCUCUUAGCUGUCCAGCCAACAGUCACUAUGAGGUUUGUGCUGACCUCUGCUCUACCAGUUGUGCAAGGAUUACUGACCCAAGAAGGUGUCCAGAGAGCUGUGCAGAAGGCUGCCAGUGCAAUGAUGGCUAUUUCUUUGAUGGCGUUACCUGUGUUCCUGAGGAAAGCUGUGGGUGCUUCAGCAAUGGACGAUACUAUAAGCCUAAUGAACAAGUUCUACUAAAUGGGUGCCGAGAGCACUGCCAUUGUACCCCUGGUUGCGGGGUGACCUGCAAGACACACAGUUGUGCCAGUGACGAAACCUGUGAGAUCCGAGAUGGCACCAUGGCUUGCUUUGGCUCUUGUGCAUCGAGUUCUAAGGGAAAGGAAUUUGUCACAGCAUUUCUUCACAACUGGCAACCUGUACAAAACACCAGACUUGUGUUGCUUAUAACUGGACAUCAUCCUGCAACCUCAAUCACAGUAACAGUAAAAAUCCCUGCUUUUCACAGAACUAUUGAAGUGAAUGAAGGACAGGUGGUGUCAGUGGAACUCCCAACCUCUGUAGAGAUGAUGGGAACAGACAUCUUUGAUGCAACCGUGCUGAUACGUUCUAACAAAGACAUCUCUGUUUUCUCCCUGAGUUACAAGCCCUAUUCUCCUGGCACAACUGUAGUGUAUCCAGUCCAACAGCUUGGCACACUGCAUUAUAUCAUAACUCCGCCAGGGAAUGUAUCAGAAACAUUCAAGGAAUUUGCUGUUGUAGCCCAUCAAAACCCAACUAGAGUUGAGAUUCGUCUCACAGGAACUGUGACAUUCAAAGGAAAGGUAUAUGGUGCAGGAACCAGACUUUCUGUUGACCUGGAAGCCUUGCAAACACUCCAGAUCCAAAGUUCAGAUGAUUUAUCCGGCACCAGAGUAGAAUCCACAGAACCUGUGGCUAUCUUGAGUGGACAUAGCUGUGCGGAGCAACACACAGUGUGUGAUCAUGUUGUUGAACAGCUCUUGCCCGUUUCUAGUUGGAGAACCACCUUCAUUGUCCCUCCGUUGUCCUUGCAGAGGACAUUUGACGUUGUGUAUGUGAUUGCCUCUCAAGCCACUUUGAUCAAAUACAAUUCUGGGCCCAAAACAGAUACCCGGAACGUGGCAGCAGGGGAAGUUGUCCCAUUUCAGGUGCAGAGCCCUGAGCCAUUAUAUCUUUCUGCUGAUGCUGGAAUCCAGGUUGUCUUUUUUUUCACAGGAGUCACAAAUGAAGGUCUGGCGAUUGACCCAUUCCUUAUCAAUUUCCCAGCCUUAACAAGCUACUGUAACUCAUACUACAUUAAUGGAAUGAGUCAGUUUGUUAGUUACGCUGUCAUCGUAGCCAAAGCCUCAGAAACCAGUGGAAUCAAAUUAGGAAAGGAGCCCUUAGGAAACAUCCAGUGGAGACCAGUCCCAGGCACAGAAUAUUCUUGGGCCGAAUACAGUCUGAAAAAGGAUGAUCAUGCUGUCAAAAUGGAGCAUCCCAGCUCUCCUUUUGGGCUCUUCAUCCUUGGAGGCUCACAAGUUGAAGGUUAUGGCUCUGUGGCUCUCUGCUCUUGUAAUGCAAUUCCUGUCCCAGUCCCCUUAUCCUGCCCUGAGAACAGCCACUACGAGGCCUGUGGAAAUGCCUGCCCAGCAACCUGUUCUGACCGCACUACUCCUUUGACGUGCGAUGAUACCUGUGCUCCCACCUGCCAAUGUAACAAGGGCUACGUUCUUAGUGCUGGUGAAUGUGUCCCAGUGGAGACCUGCAACUGCACUUAUCAAGGUGCAACUUACAAGGCAAAGGAGGAGUUCUGGGUUGGCGAAGACUGUCAUACUCUCUGCAAGUGUGACCCCACAUUAGGCAAGGUUGUGUGUAAAGAAGAUUCCUGCAAAGGCAACAAAAAGUGUGUGGUGGUCAAUGGGGUCCGGGGCUGUCAUGCCCUCAAGCACUACACCUGUAUCGGAACUGGAGAUCCUCACUACACCACAUUCGAUGGGAAGAAAUAUGAUUUCAUGGGAACAUGUAUUUACCAGAUGGUGGGGCUCUGCUCAAAAGACCCUACUCUCACCCCAUUUUUGGUCAGUGUGGAAAAUAACAACCGUGGUAAUAAGGCUGUGUCUUACACCAAAGUGGUGACUCUGGAGGUAUACAACAUGACCAUCAGUCUGAGCCAAGAGUAUCCAAACAAGAUUCAGGUCAAUGGAGUCUUUGUGGACCUCCCAUUCUCCUAUAAGAACAAACUGAAGGUUUAUGCCAGUGGAGUCCAUGGCUUCAUCAGAACCGACUUUGAUCUGAGAGUCAGCUUUGAUUGGUAUAGUUAUGCCCGAGUCAUCCUUCCCAGCACUUACAUCAAUGCUGUUUGUGGACUCUGUGGCAAUGCCAAUCAGGAUCCCAGUGAUGACUUUGCCAUGAGGAAUGGGGCACAAACAAAGGAAGAAAUCCAAUUUGCAGAUAGCUGGAAGCUAAAGGAUAUCCCAGGAUGCUCAGCAGGCCAUGCCAGUGUUCACCCAGCAUGCAGUACAGCAGAGAAAGAGACCUACAAGGGUGACCGUUAUUGUGGAAUACUCAUCAAAGGGAGUGGCCCUUUCAGACAGUGUCAUAAAGCCAUUGAUCCAACAACUUAUUUUGAUGAUUGUGUCUUUGAUACCUGUGCAUACAGAGGCCACUAUGAAACACUCUGCAAAGCCAUCACUUCCUAUGUGACUGCAUGCCAAGAUCAGGGAAUCUUGAUUGGGGAGUGGAGAUCACAUUCCUUCUGUAGCUUUUCCUGCCCUCUUCAUUCCCACUAUGAACUCUGUGGAAGUGGCUGCCCAACCACAUGCCAGAGUCUCUCCAAUCCAAAACCAUGUGAUAUUCCAUGUACUGAAGGAUGCUUUUGUGACCCAGGAUUCCUCUUCAGUGGGAGCCAAUGUGUUUCUCAAGCUAAGUGUGGAUGUUUGCAUGAAGGCCAGUAUUACAAGCAAGGAGAGACAUUCUUCCCCAGCAGAAGUUCCUGUGAAAAUAAGUGUCAUUGUAAUGACAAUGGAGCAAUCCUGUGUGAAAACUUCUCCUGUGGAGCAGGAGAAGAGUGUAGGAUAGAAAAUGGCAUCCAAGGCUGCUAUCCAAUUGCGUAUGGUACAAUGGCAGUGUUUGAAGAUCCUCAUUUUAUUUCUUUUGAUGGGAGAAGUUUUGACUUCCAUGGCUCCUGCACAUACAUCUUAGCUCAAGUUUGCAACAAGACUCCACGACUAAUGGAUUUCUCUGUGUUGGUGGAGAAUCAGAAACUUGAUAACAGACCUUUAAUUCUGAUAAAAACGGUUGUAAUCUCAGUUCAUGGAUAUAAGGUGGUCCUUCAGAGGGGUAUACAGUGGGAAACAGUGUUGAAUGGAAAAUCCUACACCCUGCCAGUGAACAAAGGGAAUGGAAAACUCUGGAUCACUCAGGAGGGGAAUAACAUCAUUGUCCAAUCCUCCUUUGGCCUCACUGUCCUCUAUGACACUUCUUCCUUUGUCCGUGUGUCUGUGCCUAGCAACUACCAGGGACACAUGUGUGGCCUGGGAGGCAACUUCAAUGGAGACAAAAGGGAUGAUUUCAUGCUGCCCAAUGGAGUACUCACUGAAAACAUGGAAGAGUUUGGAGCCUCUUGGAAGGUCCCUGUGGAUGGUGCCAUUUGUUCUGAUGGCUGUGGGGAGAGAUGCCCAACUUGUACGGAAACCAAGGCUGAACCAUACAAAGCCGAUAGAUCCUGUGGAAUGAUCCUGUCCAAAUCAGGCCCAUUCAAAGACUGUCACUCCUUAGUGAGCCCGGCUGAGUAUUAUGCACACUGCCUCAAUGCUAUGUGUGCAACUGAUGGGACACAAGAAUCUCUCUGUCAGAGUCUUCAGGCCUACGUGACUGCAUGCCAAGCAUCUGGAGCCAGGAUUGGAGCUUGGAGAACAACCUCUUUCUGCCCUCUCACUUGCCCAGCUAACAGCCACUACGGGACCUGCACCAGAGCUUGUGAUUUCACUUGUGCCAGUCUAUCCACUCCAAUUCAGUGCACAAAGAACUGCUUUGAAGGCUGCCAAUGUGACGAAGGCUAUGUGUUUGAUGGACCCACGUGUGUGCCAAUGGACAGAUGUGGUUGUAUACGGGAUGGAAUCUAUCACAAGAUCAGAGAGAGCUUUCGCUUAAACAAUUGCACAGAAAUAUGUACCUGCAGGUCCUCAGGCCAACUUGUCUGCUUCAAAAGCAGUUGUCCUGCUGGGACGACCUGCCAGCUCAGGGACAGUGUGCCAAUCUGUGUGGAGAAGUUCAGGGAAUGCGUACUCACCCCACAAGCCCAGCUCAUUUCUUUUGAUGGUGUCUUGGGUCACUACAUCACCAGCGGCAUGUAUGAAAUGGCCUCUGUUUGCGAUGAAGAUGCCUUGACCUGGUUCAGAGUGUUUGUGAGCAUCAACAAGAAUCAUGCUGGUGUGUCAGCUGGAAAAAAUGUCAACAUUUACUUCCCAAAUGGAAUCAUCUUGGUUAAAAACAAUGAACACAUAUGGAUAAAUGGGCGCCAGGUAACACUGCCUUUCAAGAAAACCUGUGACGGAAGUUCUGUAUCUCUGAAGAGAGACAUGGCUGGAGUCCAUUUUGACCUGGACUCUCGGGUGCAGAUUCACCUCUCUCCUGAUGGAACGGUGACUGUGAAAGUCCAGGAGGACCUCAGAGGGAAGCUUUGUGCCACAUGUGGAAACUUCAAUGGAGACAAAUCCGAUGAUCUGAAGCUGCCCAACGGCACUGCUGCAAAGAGUUUUAGUGAAGUCCUCAAUGCCUGGAAGGCUCCAGCCUAGCAACAUUGGUUAAAACAUUCAAUGGACAGCUUUUUGACAUUUAUAGCUCUCCCAGUUCCAUCUGGACUUAGUAUGGAAGAACUAUAGGCGAUGGCUGGGCAGAAGUCUGUGGGAGAGUCAUCAUUCAUUUCAGAUAUUAAGAAGACCUAUCUCAUUUCAGGUCUUAAGCUUUGUCAGUGCCUAUGAAUAUUUGGAAUGAUCUCCAAAUCUUAACCAUCAAGUGACCAUCAAACUUAACCAUCAAGUGACCUACUUGGAAUCAACCUUCAUUCAAAGAUGGAGCAAGGACCUACUUUGCUGCAUUUGAAGCUAACUAGCUGAAAGACCAAAUGGGAGAGAAAUUAAUAUUAUUCAAAGUUUUUGCUUAAAAACAUAUAAAGGAAUCCUGAAGGACUUGAGACUAACUACAAUAAAGGAUUUUUUUAGCAAAAAUUUUAAUCAGAUGAUGAAGUGGAGUAGAUUUAUAAUAGAUUUUUUCCUUUUAAGUUAGUCUCAAAUGUCCUAUGGAAUGCCUUUACAUUUAAAACAUGGGUAGAAGAAAUAAGAUGUAAAUUGUUAUAAAAACUAUAUAUUAUGAAAUUGUUUGCAAAACUGUGUAUCGCCAGAAAAACAGUAUACGUAUAUAAAUUGCAUGACAUUCGUACAAAACUGUGUACAGAUUUUUAUACAAACUUUUAAAAAUAUCAAAAUGAAGUGUCCUUAACAAUAAAAGAAUGGGGAGACAUUCUAUUUUUUAAAAGUUUUUUAUUAAUUGAUUAAUUGGGUUGUUGUAUGUCUUUCGGGCUGUGUGGCCAUGUUCCAGAAGCAUUCUCUUCUGACAUUUCACCCACAUCUAUGGCAGGCAUCCUCAGAGGUUGUGAGGUAUGGAUAACAUGGCCACACAGCCCGAAAGACAUACAACAACCCUGUGAUCCCGGCCAUGAAAGCCUUCGACAACAAAUUGAUUAAUUAUUAACACAAGUAGAGUAAUACAAAUCCAAUAAUUAAAUUCUGCUUUAUAUUUUCA